AUGACGUCAUACCCGGAGAACUUCAAUGACACCGUGAUAAAGGCUUAUGAUGAAGGGUUUCCCCUUCUCAUGCCGAGGUGGGGAUACGUGGUGUCGGCUUUCGUGCUCUUCCUUAUUGGGUUCUUCGGCUUCUUCCUCAAUCUGAUGGUGAUACUCCUCAUGUUCAAGGAUCGGCAGUUGUGGACACCUUUGAACAUAAUUCUGUUCAACCUGGUGUGUUCCGACUUCUCCGUUUCCGUCCUUGGGAACCCCUUCACGUUGAUAUCAGCGCUCUUCCACCGAUGGAUCUUCGGCAGAACAAUGUGCGUUCUCUACGGAUUCUUCAUGGCCUUACUGGGUAUAACAUCAAUAACAACGUUAACAGUGAUAUCGUUCGAGCGGUACUUGAUGGUGACGAGGCCGCUUAGCUCUCGGCACCUGAGCUCCAAAGGCGCCUGUAUGUCCAUAGUAUUUAUCUGGACCUACUCCCUGGCUCUCACGACCCCGCCACUCAUGGGAUGGGGGAACUACGUCAACGAGGCUGCUAAUAUAAGUUGUUCAGUGAACUGGCACGAGCAGUCGAUGAACACGCUCACGUAUAUCAUGUUCCUGUUCGCCAUGGGGCAGAUCCUGCCGCUGUCCGUUAUCACGUUCAGCUACGUCAACAUCAUCAGGACCCUCAAGCAGAACUCGCAGCGCCUGGGUCGCGUGAGCCGGGCAGAGGCUCGGGCCACCGCCAUGGUCUUUAUCAUGAUCAUCGCCUUCACCGUCGCCUGGACUCCGUACUCCUUAUUCGCUCUAAUGGAACAGUUCGCCACGGAGGGAAUUGUGUCACCAGGAGCCGGUGUAAUACCAGCAUUAGUCGCGAAGAGCUCCAUCUGUUACGACCCACUUAUAUACGUGGGCAUGAAUACACAAUUUCGUCAGUCUAUCAAAAGAAUUUUCGGCAUUCAUACCAAGUCCAAAAAAUCUCAGUCGGAGAAAGGCUACAACAAUACUGUAAUGUCACCGGGCCACAAACUAUCCAGCUUUAACAACACCACACGCUUCAACUCGGAGACCAACUCUUCAACAUUGGCAAAAACACCUAAAGAUAAGAAACCAGGGGCAUCGUGCGAUGGUUUUGAAACAACAAACAAUGAUUACUUAAAGCCUUACGGUAGAAAUCCUGAAUUAUGUACUAUUCAAGAAUAUAAGACGACGUCAGAUACAGAAAGGUCAGGCGAAUCACUAUGCGAUGACACAAGCAGUAACAAAAAACUAAACAUGUUCGGAGAAUCCUGCAAAGGGCUAAAUGAAAAAUCACCCGUGCUCACUUUCAUGGACUCCGAAAGAUUACUCUUCAGUAAAAUUGCCAAGAACCAAGAAGAUAGCGAGCAAACGAACGAAACAGUAUUGUCAUACGGCAACAAAGCCUUCGAAGCCCACGCCACUGACGAACCAGCAAAAGACACAUACGAAGUUGAAAAUGAAUACCAAACGUUCAGAAAACAUAAAAUGAUCAGACAAAGUUUCUCGCUCGACUUCACGCGCCACUCCUGUGAGAAUAAGAAAAGGAAACUGUCAAUAGAAACGAAAUUGGAAAAUUUUAUCCAACCGAAAGGUUUUAUUAAAGACACAAUUAGUAAACUUUUCGAUCAGGACGCCAAACAAGUUCAGGAUAGUUUUAAAAGUUAUUUGUGCGAUAAAAACGAAUUAGGCAACGAGGAUUUGUAGUUUCAGUUGGAAGCGUUUGUUAGGAACGAUCUCAAAUUACCGAGCAGAUAAUGCGGUGAGCUGCAAACCGCAGUCUGCCGCAAGGUCGGAAGGUGCUGCCAGUAUGUCAUGAGGCCAGUAUAUAUGUUAAAGUAAGAAUGACGGCUUAAAUCAAAGAUCUGUGAUAUAGAUAUGAGUGCCAAGAUAAAUAUUAAAAGAUUUAUUUUUGGGAAUGGUAAAAGUUAAGUAAAUUACAUUAUAAUCUUGAGUACUAAGAUGUAGAGGUCAUCACUGUUGGAUAAUUGAAUUAAUUUGGUUGCCUGCGUCUAAUGUUUAAGGAAGUUACGAAUUGCUCCAGACUUUCAGUCUGUAAUGUAAAUAUUAAUUAUAAUAAAUACAGGGGUGCUGCUUGGAGACAGUUUAAACAUUGUAUUUAUGGGUUUGAUGUACUUAACGGAGAUAUUCUAUUAAAUUAUCAAUAGUAUUAAUUAAAUUUUCUUGGCUGUAAUAUAGUAAUUAUAAUUUGUCUUUUUUAAGUGAGUAUUUAAUGAUUGUUGAUUAGUAUGAAGCGGGGUUGCUCAAAAACACCUUCAUAUAUUAUUUUUUCCGAUAAAAUUAGAUAUAAGGUUCCGAGCUUUAUCAUAAUAUAACUAUUUAAUAAUAAAAACAUAAUCAUAGACAUCCGUAUUAUUUGGAAAAAUAUGAAUUCUAAAAGUCAAUUAGUUCCCUUAAGGAUUGUUAAAAUAAAUUUCAUUAUCUUUCGGUGAUGGAUAAUAUAAAUUUAUGUAUUUAGAAUUUAAAUUGAUUUUGCUCAUAAAUCAGUCUAAUUGUAUUCCGAGCAAGGACCUCAUCGAUUGGAAAAUACGAAAUAGGAGAGUACUUCGAACAUUCAUUCAAUACGAAUUUAUAACAUUUUAUUAGAAAUUCGUUGUUGCCAGUGUAGCUUUGGGACAUAAUAAGAUUUAACACCUCAUGUCUCAGGAUGGUGAGCGCAGUGGAAUACCAAACAAUGUAAUUCAAUGUUUUGGAUGGCGCUUCUGCUGUUUAUGAGCGGUCGUAUCGCUUACCAUCAAGCGAACGGCAAGCUCGUCUCGUCGUUCAAAGCAGUAAAAAAAGCGAAAAAAGUAUGAUUCAGUCAGAGUUCUAUUAAUUGUCAUAUUUAUUUGGUUUUACAAUUACCAAUAUCACAAGAUUUUCUUUAUAUUCAGUGAAUAAAUUAUAAUUAACAACAGCUCUAAAUCCGAUACCAUAUUCCUUUGCAGUUAAAGAUUACAAUUGUUUCCCGAAGCUCGUUAUCAAAAUCUACGCUAUUGAUUUUGGCUUACAACACUUGACAUAUCGGGUGUGGACUAGAUAAUCUCCACUUUCAACCCCUAUUAAAAGUCCACUGCUUUAUCCUACACAUGAAAAAUGAACACCACAAAAUUCCAAUCAUUUAGGUCCAAUAUUUUAAAACAUAAAUAUAUUAUUUCAUUAGAUGUAUUUGUAUAUUUGUUGUAUUUAUUAUCGACAAUAAGAAUUUACUAGUAUAGUAUAAUGUUUGAUAUUUGUAAAAUCUUUUUUUCAAUAUGUAAAUCAACUUUGGCGAAGGUGUAAUAAUAAUGAGUCAGAUAAAGGAAAAGGUUCGAAACACGAACGCCUUUUCAAUAUUUUUCCUGGUUAUUGUGACAUCAAAGAGAUUAAUAUUACACUUUUAUAUCAAGAAACAAUUCAAUACAAUGUGUCUUUCUUUGUUUUAUAUUCAAUAUAUUUCACUAUAGUAUGCCAUUAAAAUGUAUGUCGUCAUAUUUAUAAACCGAAGAUAUAAAUAAAUAUUACCAUAUCUUUAAAUCAAUGUCUAUUUACAAUAUUUGUAAGAAAUAAGUGAACCAAAGAUAAAUGAUAUGAAAAUAGAGUGAAAAUCAUUUAUAGCGACGCUUGCAUAAUUUGGCGCAGUUGAGCUAACAACGAUAAACCAUAUAUGAAUAAAUAGAUCAUUUAAUAUUACAUAUUAUAUUGUUAUCAUUCCAACUUAAUAAAUUCAUGCUUACAUAAUUAACAACACAAUAUAAAAUUAAGUAUAUUUGUUACGCAAUUUUCAACCUAAUGUCGUCUUAUGAAAACAAAUGUUGUACAUAAGAGUUUCAUAAAUACUUGUCUUUUGAAAUGUCUAUUUUAAUUGUAGAAAGUUACCGCCCACAAUGUGCAUGUUACGUGUUAAUGUAACGAAAAAACACGCCAGUUACCUGAGAUUUCAAAAUAUACCUACAGAAUAUGGAUGUGAACUCAACGCCUACCUAUAAUAAUUCAAAAAAAUAUAUAAAUAUGCCAUACGCUAGAGCAGGGAUGGCGAACCAGCGGCACACGUGCCAGUGGUGGUACCAGCCAGGGCCCUUAUUCUGUAUGAUAGUGUAAACGCGUAACGCGGCCGUGUCAUGUUAUCUUCGUGAAAUGUGCGUGGAACGGUAUUCUGUAAGCCAAUCUCUAUAGUCCUAAACAUGAUGCGUUGUAUUACGUGCUUGUUACGCACUGUUAAAAUAACGUGCGGGAUAGAGAAUAAGGCCCCAGGUAUGCGAGUAAUAUGCCAAACAUUGUGUAAUGUAUCUUACAUUGGGCUUCACUUCGCUAAACAUCAGGUGUUGUGAAGUCAUUUUGCCGAACCCCGAUUAAAAAAAAUAGAUGAAUCAUAAAAAAAGUCGCUAAAAGGGACACUCGGUUAGAUAAAACAGGACCUGGAUAGCACGUUGCAGGUAUUUUUUUUAUAAAUAAUGGCGUUAACCAUUAAAGGUUCGCCAUCCCUGCCCUAAAACCUCAUUUACCGCUAUUUUUAAUAAACAAUCCCAAUUUAAAAUCGCUUUUUCGAUCUAUCUCAAAAUGGACCAGUCAGAACACGCCUAUAAAUGCCUUUGAAAUAAAACUAUUUUCAGAUUUUAUCGUAGUUUUUUAUAAUAUAUAAUUUUUCCGACGUAUUUUUUUUUUAUUACAUUGAAAUAGAUAUUAUUUACAUAGCAGCCAAGCCAGUUAUUUUUUAACACGCUUACAAAUGCCUUGAAAUAUACUAUUUUUCGGAUGUUAUCGCAGGUUUUCAUAAUAUAUAAUUUUCUCCCGGUAUAUUUUUUUUUAUAUAAAAUGUAAAUAGAUAUUGUAACUUCGACUUUUCGGACGACCAACACCGCAGUCUCUCCGUGAACAUGAAGACUGCAGACUUCGAAACGUUGGGAGGAAAUUAUAAUAUUAAAAACGGCGAUAAAAACCGAAAAAUAGGGUUUUUUGAAUGGUAAACAUAAGAAAUCAUUAAGCUUACGAAUGAGUUUUGAUUGGUUCGUUCUCGGAAUCGGAAUGAAGAUUCAGAUUUGGGUAGUUUAUUAAAAACGGCUCUUAGACGGAGCAAUUAUUGCUAUCAAUAUAUACUUGCAUGAAUAAUUCAGCAAGUUAUUAGGUCAAUUAUUCGCUAAAAAUCUAGAUUUGGCGUCAAAAGACUCAACGCCAACGCGGGUAAGAAUUGCCUCACCAUUUCGCAAGUUCAGACGGGGUAACAUUUUAAGCAAUAAUUGCGUACGAUUAUUGCUAGCAACCAUUGAUUCGUCUAAAUGAUAACAUAUCUGGUUUAUGUUAUUGUUUUGAGAACAAAUCCAAUGAAAAGUGCUCCGUACGGACACAUACACAUUUUUAAUUCUGCGAUGUAAUUUUAAUGAGUUCAUAUUUAAACUCUUACCAACAAAAGGCAGCUAUCACGUGUUGUAUGAAAUCGUCCCAAUUGGGACGUUUUCGGGACUUCAAAUUGCGCCUUCUAAUAGCAUAUCGAUCUCAUAUUGUAAUAUAUGAAGGACCGCCUUACACUGGAGCUGGGGAAAAAUCAACUUAACCCCAAGGGCCAGUAGUUUAGCCCCUUGUACCUACUGCUCGAAAAAGAAAGGUUUAAGAAUAAAAAAUACCUUUCCGUCCAGAUUGAAGACUUUAAUCUGAAACUGGAACAAAGGACGAAAGGCGAAACUAAUUAAGACUUGAACAAAAUAAUUAUAUAUUAAACAACUUGAAUCUUACCUAGCAACAGUUAAUGUCAGUCGGUAUAAAGGUUUUGACUGUAUUUACAUUUUUUCUUAAGUAAGAUUAGGGUUGUAACGAAAAUAUACACACAUUACGCAUUUAUUCCUGAAGGGGUAUGCAGAGGCGCAACCAGGGCACCAACUUUUCGCCAAGUGUGUUCCGUCCCAUGGUGUGAUAGGGGGCAUCGCCAUAUCAGGCACAUAUUCCGGAGUCCGAGUUGAUACUGAGCAAAAAAAACCCAAAUAUCACUUUGCCCGACCCGGGAUUUGAACACAAGACCUCCGAGCGCUGCCAUGCCGCGAAUGCAGUACAACUACGCUAUCGUAGCAGUCGAAACGAAAAUAUUGUGUCCAUAACAUAUAAUUAAGUGGAAGAUUUAUAUUUAGCAAGGACUUUUCCUUACCAAUACAUACCUUUAACUGUGAUUAAUUUGAAUACUUUGACUUUUUAGGGAGCUGCCAUACAGCAAUCUAUAUAUAACAUUAACAUUUUCUACAUUAUUUGUUGCAAUUUCUUCCCAAAUUUUAUUAUAAAAUAUUAAGUAUAAGUGUUUUACGUAUUGUCUAAGUAUAAUAAUAUAAACGUUUAUAGCAAAAAAAACCUGUAACGUUACAACCCUAAAAACGAAUACUACGAAUGCAUGAAAAAUAAUAAUUUUAAAUAGUUACAUGUGUGUUUAGUUCGAAUAUUUAUCGUUUAGAUGUACGCCGAAGAUUAUUUUAUAGAAUUUGUGAUUUAAUGUUUUUUAAAUAUAUUAAAAACUUUGUCUUUA